AGCGCCGGACAUCAUCUUCUAGAUGUAAUUUUAUGCUAAGCGCGGGAAUUUUUUGUUUUUCUUCGAAUGAAUUUCCGGCCUAAGGUAUUCGGAUGAAUGUAAGUUCUCAAAAUAAAUCGGGACCUUGAGGACGUACAAAUUUAAUUGGGGACCUGCGCAGAGAAUGGAAAUUUCCAUGCAUCAGUUUGCUGGCAUUGGUCGCGGUUGGUAACAUUGAAUGUUAGUAAACGAACGAAUGAUGACUAUUUGAUGUUGAAAGUGUCAAACAAUUUCCUUUGUUCUAAUCGAAUUAUUGAAAAGUGAAUUUCGAAAAUAGUUUCUUCGGUUGUGUUAGUGUUUUUCGACAGUUUAAAAUGUUUUCUGACUUUGAUGAUUCUGAAUCUGAACUCUAGCUAACGGUGGAAAGUAGUGUUUUGGCGUCUGUUUCUUCUAGACUUAAGUGUUAUAAAUAGUGGAUUUCUUUGAACGUUUUUCAACUACAAGUUCGCAUUUCUGUUGACUAUAAGCGAGUAGAAACAAUAGAAACUGUGGUUUGUUUUCGGUUUCAUCUUGAUUGUAAUGUGCCCCAACGAUUUAUUGAGCAAGAAAUCAGUGGAGCGUACCUUGGUGUCAUCAUAUAAUCUUGUUUAUUGGAAAAGAAAAGGAAUAUUCUUGCAUCCCACAGCAAUGUUUAAGAACUGUUUACCGAGUAGUGCUAAAAAUAUAAGACUUUGUACAAUAUAAACGACAUUUUUCUGUUGAGACAUUGAAAUAACUAUUUAAGCUAUUUAUUGGAAACAAAAAUCUUCAACAUGAAGUUACUUGAAAGUACAAGAUUCGAAACCAUAAAUAAUGCCUUAUUCUUCAAAACUGAAGACUGUAAUAUAGUUGGAAGGAUUGAAAGUUAUUCCUGCAAAAUGGUGGGAAUCGACAAAAUUCUUUACAAGAGGUUCAAUCCUGAAGGUGUACACCCUAAUGAUUUACAAGCUUUAUCUCCACCACAGGGCUUAUCUCCAGGAAGUUCUCAUUACAGCAGCAGUAUCCCCAGCGAUGAAGAUGGGUUACUGUGCGAUACCAUCAGUCGAAAGACUCUUUUCUAUCUGAUCGCCACACUGAACUCAGCUUUUCCAGAUUAUGACUUUAUGAAUGUCAAGAGCGACGACUUCAGCAAAGAGCCGUCUCGGCAAUGGGUCGCAAAUGCGAUCGAUACGCAGCUGAUCGCCACAGUAGGCGAACAGUACCGCGCCCUAGGCCCGGCUCUGUGGAGCGCCCUCGACGACGAGAUAUGUCUCCCUGAGUGCGACAUAUUUUCAUACAAUCCGGACCUGGCAUCCGAUCCUUUCGGAGAGGACGGGUGCCUCUGGAGCUUCAACUAUUUCUUCUACAACAAGAAGUUGAAGCGCAUCGUGUUCUUCACGUGCAGAGCUUCGAAUCCUUUAUACACCAUGGAUUCAGGUUUUGGAAGCGAUUUCACAAUGGAUGAAGAUGAGUUAUAUUAUUGAACUUCCUGUUACUUAUGUGUAUCUUAUAUUUAGUUUGUUCAGCCACUUUGCUUCUUCUGGAUAGUUUUUAGUAGUAGUUUUGACAUACUUACCCCACAUUUUGUUCAAUGUCGUAUUUAAUCCAAGAAAGAAACUCAAGUCAAAAUUAUUCACUUUGAACUUUCCCUUCCUUUGGAAAUAUAUUCACUGAAAGGUCGACUCGUAGGUGAUUAUUUGCUGAUAUUUCAAUGUUUCCUGUUGUGAUAACAAAUGAAACCACACCGUUUCGAUUUGUUAUUGUAAUGUAGAGAGAAGUAGUAAAACAUUGAAAUAAAAAAGUUUGAAUUUGUCAAAAUAUGGUUGAAUCAACUCUUAUUUUUGCUGACAUUCUGCCAUAAAACGUGAUGGAAAAAACAAGAUAAAUGCAGUAUUUUCAGGAAGUAAACUCAAAAUAAUUUUUUACAUCUUUGAGGAAGCACUCUUUUCAAGAUACGAAAAAUUCGGAAAUGAAGAGAUCUGCAAUGAAAGAUUGUUUGAAACAAUCUUCAUCUAAUCCAGAAUAGGAAUUUUGUGAGAGCAGUGGUAAAGAUGAAGCUGUAUUAUUGUUUUUUAAUGCGAUUCGGAGGAUUAAUUCUAUUUUUUGUUGUCAUUAAUGUUUGUUAACAAAAUGUGGGAAUCUCUGUAGAGGAUAACUUAUUUUCACCUAACAAAAAUAGUAUACAAUUUCUUAUGCUGUAGAAUAACUUUUGUUUUAUUCACUUGUGUGGAUAAAGUUUAGCAUUAUUUUUUUUACUGGAUUAUGGUUUGAAAUAUGUCACUAUUUAUUAGAAUUCAUAGCACAGUUAUGUUGAGUUACUAAAUAAAUAUAUCGUUGACCUUGA